AUGGCGUCCUCGGGUUACCCAAGCGACGGCAGCUAUUUCGUCGAGUCCGACGAGUGCACUCAGCGCAUGACGAUGCGUGAUGCUGCCAAGAUGCUUGCCCGGAACAGGCAAGAGAUGAUCGCCAACGAGCUCUCAAGGCUGGCCUCUGACGAGUAUCUGGAGGACAUCAUGCAGCACAUGCGUCACAUGGAGGACGAAACACUACCGGAUGCCAACCUAAUCGACAUGCAGCGCGAGAUCCAGUGGUUUAUGCGGCCGUAUCUCAUCGAUUUCUUGAUCGAGGCUCAUUCCGCCUUCUCCCUCCUUCCCGAGACGCUCUUUCUCACCGUCAAUCUGUUGGAUCGGUACUGCUCGAAACGGGUGGUGUACAAGCAGCACUACCAGUUGGUAGGCUGUGCUGCCCUUCUCAUUGCCGCCAAGUACGGAGAUAAGAAGGACCGCGUGCCCCAGAUCAACGAGCUAAACAACAUGUGCUGCGGACUCUACGAUGCGGGCAUGUUCACGCAAAUGGAGAUGCACGUUCUCAACACGUUGGACUGGAACAUUGGACACCCAACCGUCGACUUCUUCACCCAGCUGGUGGUGGCUGAGGAGCGGGAUAGCAUGGAAGUGGAGCACAUGGCGGCGUACAUCUGCGAGAUUGCCCUCUACCACCGCGACUUUGUGUCGACGAAGCCCUCGGUCAUGGCAAGGGCAUCUCUCGCUCUGGCUCGCGCCAUUUUGGGCAAGCCCGAAGUCAACGACGGCGAGUGGGAUCACUCCGACAACGUGACGCUGCUCACGCUGUCACAACAUCUGCACCAGCCAUCGGUCACCCUGGCGAGGAAAUACUCCAGCCAAUACUACUCGAGGGUGUCGACCAAGCUUGCCGACUUCCUCGCGCAGCAGGCCGCGAUUGCGCGGAGAGGAGUGGUACCCUCGCCCCCCUCGGAGACAAGCAUGGCGAACAAGGCGGUCGACGUGUACAGCACGCCCCACAAGGGACUCGGCGCUGUGCCUGGUGUUGCCGACGGCUACAUGACGCCUCCUAUCACUCCAGACGGCUCAUGCUUCGGUCACAACAACGCGAUGAUUAAGGACUACCAAGUGCCACCUCGGUGCCCGGUCACUCCGACGCCUCAUCCGACCCAUGCGCCGUCGUAUUCCCAAUCACAAUCACACGUGCCGCACCAGCAACACAUGGCCGGGCCAUCCUACUUUGGCGGCAGCGCAUCUCAGAUGUCGUACUGA